AUGGAGCCCUCUUUCUCAUUUGGAGUGAUCCUUGCUGUGCUGGCCUCCCUCAUCAUUGCUGCUAAUGCACUAGUGGCCCUGGCCGUGCUGCUGUUGAUCCACAGGAGUGACGGUGUCGGUCUCUGCUUCACCUUGAAUCUGGCUGUGGCUGACACCUUGAUUGGCGUGGCCAUCUCCGGCCUGGUCUCAGACCAGGUCUCCAACUCUGCUCGGUCCACACAGAAGACGUUGUGCAGCCUUCGGAUGGCAUUUGUCACUUCCUCCGCAGCUGCCUCUGUCCUCACGGUCAUGCUGAUUGCCUUUGACAGGUACCUUGCCAUCAAGCAGCCCCUCCGCUACUUCCAGAUCAUGAGUGGGCUCGUGGCUGGGGCAUGCAUUGCCGGGCUGUGGUUAUUGUCUUACUUCAUUGGCUUCCUCCCACUCGGAGUCCCCGUAUUCCAGCAGACCACCUACCAGGGGCCCUGCAGCUUCUUUGCUGUGUUUCACCCUCGCUUCGUGCUGACCCUCUUCUGCGUUGGCUUCUUCCCAGCCCAGCUCCUCUUUGUCUUCUUCUACUGUGACAUGCUCAAGGUUGCCUUCAUGCACAGCCAGCAGAUCCGAAAGAUGGAACAUGCAGGAGCCAUGGCUGGAGCGUACCGGCCUCCAAGGACUCCCAGUGACUUCAAGGCUGUCCGCACUGUGUCUGUCCUCAUUGGGAGCUUCACUCUGUCCUGGGCUCCCUUCUUUAUCACUGGCAUCGUGCAGGUGGCCUGCCAGGAGUGCCAGCUCUACCUAGCGCUGGAACGGUACCUGUGGCUGCUUGGUGUGGGCAACUCCCUGCUCAACCCACUCAUCUAUGCCUACUGGCAGAAGGAAGUGCGACAGCAGCUCUACCAGAUGGCCCUGGGAGUGAAGAAGGGGCUCACUGCGUUCCUCUUCCUCCUUGUCUCAGCCAAGAAUGGAGGCCCAGAAAGGCCCAGAGAAACUUCUUGUCACAUCGUCACUAUCUCCCACUCAGAGCUUGAUGGCUAA